GCCGCCGCCACCACCCCUCCCGACCUGUUCUCUUUCUGGUCGGGCCAGCCGGUUCCACGAGCGCCCGGCAGAGACUGAGGGGGAGAGAGAGAGAGAGAUUGAAAGAGGAGGGAGGAGGAGGAGGAUUCAGGGAGUAGGAGCUGGGGAGCCCUUCUGCGCCACAGAAAAUUUUUAAAGACUUGGUGAAGGAGGACUUUGUGAAUGGAGAAGACUUUCUGAUAGGAAGAUGAUCAAUGGCUGGCUGUAGCACUAUUAUAUUACAUUGAUGUUCAUGUAAACUCAUAAUCAGAAACAUAAAGAAGAGAGGACUGAACUGUUGCCAGCUGACUGUGAUCUUGAAUCUCAGCUUCUACAUCUAUAAAGUGAAGGUAUUUGCUGUUUUUCCAGCAGCUCAAUUGAAGAAGAACUCUCCUCAUCUUUAUUUCUUGAGUUCUCCUUACUUCUCAUUAGCCAACUGACACUUAUAUUUGGAGAACUCUUUUGUACUUAUCGUUGAAGUCAUCUUUGACCCAUAACAAGAGCAUGCAUUUUCAAGUGUCAAUUAGAUUUGUGGAUCAGUAAAAUUCUUCUAAAAGGUUGUCACUUUCGCUGACACUGUCCAGUUUUCACAAUGUAUCAUUCCUUAUCUGAAACUAGACAUCCUCUGCAGCCAGAAGAACAAGAAGUGGGUGUUGACCCCUUGUCGAGUUACUCAAACAAGACGGGAGGAGACUCAAAUAAAAACGGAAGAAGAACAAGUUCUACUUUAGAUUCUGAUGGGACUUUUAAUUCGUAUAGGAAAGAAUGGGAAGAACUAUUUGUAAACAACAAUUACUUGGCAACAAUAAGGCAGAAGGGGAUUAAUGGGCAGCUGAGAAGCAGCAGGUUCCGCAGCAUUUGCUGGAAGUUGUUUCUUUGUGUUCUUCCUCAAGAUAAAAGUCAAUGGAUAAGUAAAAGUAAAGAAUUAAGAGCAUGGUAUAGCAACAUUAAAGAAAUACACAUCACAAACCCAAGGAAGGUGGUUGGCCAGCAAGACUUGAUGAUCAACAAUCCCCUUUCCCAGGAUGAAGGGAGUCUUUGGAACAAAUUUUUCCAAGAUAAAGAACUUCGAUCAAUGAUUGACCAGGAUGUCACAAGGACGUUUCCUGAAAUGCAGUUUUUCCAACAAGAAAAUGUGAGAAAAAUUCUUACAGAUGUUCUUUUCUGUUAUGCUAGAGAAAACGAGCAGUUGCUUUAUAAACAGGGCAUGCAUGAGCUGUUAGCACCUAUAAUCUUUAUCCUCCACUGUGACCACCAAGCUUUUCUUCAUGCCAGUGAGUCUGCACAACCAAGUGAGGAAAUGAAAACUCUCUUGAACCCUGAGUAUCUGGAACAUGAUGCCUAUGCGAUGUUCUCACAACUUAUGGAAACUGCUGAACCUUGGUUUUCUACUUUCGAACAUGAUAAUCAAAAGGGGAAAGAAACUUUGAUGACUCCCAUCCCCUUUGCUAGACCACAGGACUUAGGACCAACAGUUGCUGUUGUUACCAAAGUCAACCAGAUCCAAGAUCAUCUACUAAAGAAGCAUGAUAUUGAGCUUUACAUGCACUUGAACAGACUAGAAAUCGCACCACAGAUAUAUGGGUUACGGUGGAUACGGCUGCUGUUUGGCCGAGAGUUCCCCCUACAGGACCUUCUGGUGGUCUGGGACGCCUUGUUUGCCGACGGCCUCAGCCUGAGUUUAGUCGAUUAUAUCUUCAUAGCCAUGCUGCUCUACAUCCGAGAUGCUCUGAUCUCUAGUAACUACCAGACCUGUCUUGGCCUUCUGAUGCAUUAUCCACGAAUUGGGGAUGUCCACUCACUGAUCCUUAAGGCUCUGUUCCUUCGAGAUCCAAAGAAAAAUCCAAGACCAGUGACUUAUCAAUUCCAUCCCAAUUUAGAUUAUUACAAAGCACGGGGAGCAGACCUCAUGGAUAAAAGCCGGACCAAUGCCAAAGGCACACCCCUGAAUAUAAAUAAAGUCUCUAACAGCCUGAUUAAUUUUGGAAGGAAGUUGAUUUCUCCAGCAAUGGCCCCAGGCAGUGCUGGUGGCCCUGUAUCAGGAGGCAGUGGUGGCAGUUCCUCCAUGGCUGUGGCUCCCACCAGGACCUUAGCAACCUUAGCAGAGACCCCCAGGCAUCAUUUGCAGCAGCAGCAGCAGCAGCAGCAGCAGAGGCUGCUGAAAUCGGAAAGCAUGCCAGUGCAAUUGAACAAAGGUGAUAUAGUUACAGGAAGCAAUGCUCAGGUUUCUGUUCCUGUCCAGACUCUAACUGACCUCCAAGGACAAAGUACUAAAAACAUCAGUUCAUCUCCAAGUGUUGAGAGUUUGCCAGGAGGAAGAGAAACCACUGGCUCCCCACCUAUGUCUGCUACUAAAAAGGAUUCCUUCUUCAGCAACAUCUCACGGUCCCGCUCACACAGCAAAACUAUGGGCAGAAAAGAAUCUGAAGAAGAUUUAGAAGCUCAAAUUUCUUUCCUUCAAGGACAGCUGAAUGACCUGGAUGCCAUGUGCAAAUACUGCGCGAAGGUGAUGGACACUCAUCUCGUAAACAUUCAAGAUGUGAUAUUACAAGAAAAUCUGGAAAAAGAAGAUCAAAUUCUGGUUUCCCUGGCAGGAUUGAAACAGAUCAAAGACAUUCUAAAAGGUUCCCUGCGUUUCAACCAGAGCCAACUGGAAGCCGAGGAGAAUGAGCAGAUCACCAUCUCGGAUGACCACUACUGCUCCGGUGGCCAGGGCCAGGGCGACCCAGUGCCUGGGGCCACCAAGCAGGCCUCUCCAGAAGCACCCGGGCACACAGACAGAGGGAGCGCAGAUGACUUCAUCCUGGUUUCCAAAGAAGAUGAGGGAGGCAGCGCCAGGGCAUCCUUCUCCAGCCAGGCCCAGCCCCUUCGCGCCCUCAGAGGCACAGCUGGGAAAGCCGAGACCCCGGCCCGCUCCCCACUCGUGUUCUCAGACCCGCUGAUGGGCCCGACCUCGGCUUCCUCCAGCAACCCCAGCUCCAGCCCCGACGACGACAGCAGCAGCCACAGCAAGGACUCUGGCUUCACCAUCGUGAGCCCCCUGGACAUCUGACCGCAGUGCCCAGGACAUCCACCCCCAGCAGCCGCAGGGCCCAGGCAAGGCUCCCCGCUGCAGCGACCCCUCUGAAACCAGCGCUUCUUUCCCAGCAUGCACGCGGCACUGGACCAGCCCACAGAAGAACCCUUUAGAGAAGAGCGAACGCCCCAAGGACACAGACUGAUGGCUGCCAAAGUGCAGACAGGCUCUUCAGGCCCCCACCGAACCCCUGCCCCACUCUCUCUCUGAGGGAGAGUUGCGUUAGCACCCGGGUUCACACCGUCAGAAAAGACCAAACCACAGUUAGAAUGACUUUUCCUCUGUCCUCUGCUCCCUAACUAAGAAGACGUGGCAGUGCCAUCAGUUAUAUCUAGAAGAAGGAAGAAGAGUUGGUUUCAAAUCUUUCCUCCCGCAGAGCACCAGGCACAGGGAAAUGGGUAUCAAGAACACACUCUCUCUGGAAAUCUGCGUGACAGCCGAUUUCGCUUCUCCCUUGGGAAAUCACAUGGCAGAGCCAAGUGCCACGGAAAGGCCUGGUGGAUUCCAGGGCUGGGAAAAAACCGUUACUGACCUCUCAACAUUACAGCGAUCCUUAGAAAAGCGCUCUAAACUUAGGACUCCUUUAGGUGUGAGGGGGUUUUGAUUUUUUUCAUUUGUUAAAGAAUGCAUUUCCCAGCCUCAGGCCAGAUCACUCUGGUUAUCACUGCCCCUCCUCAAACAAUCGUAUUUCACCUUUUAGAAUCUUUGAUGCCAGAAAACAAAGUCACUUUAAGCAGACCUAGCCCUGGGCUGACUGGUUCUUUGGGCUUCUCCUCUGAGGGUGGCAGGACCUCUGGGCGGUGGGAGCUUUUGUGGCAACAGGCAAACAGACAGUGUUUACGUCCCUGCCACGGCUAACCGUGAAUUCCCUAUAGACAAAUGUGAUAAUGACAGGACUCCCCACUCCUCCAAGAAAAUGCUGAGGACUCGAGUGGGGCUUCUGACUAGCUCUGCAGUUUGUUCUCAGGCUCUAGCAAGGGACCUCCCCCUAACGCAUCAGCGUGUGAGGUGAGUGAUAGACCCGCUUUUGCUGAGAUGUGCUCCUGGCACCAGGGGGUCGGCUCAGCACCCUGUUUGGGUGGCUCACAGUACGUUACAGACAAGUGUAUGACCCCUUGAUGAUACUUCUUAAGCUCCCAAGGUGCCCUAAGUGAGUGGCCUUGCAACUGCACCAUUGUCAUUACUUUCUCUCAAAGGACCUGGCUUGGGAAGGCGUUGGCGCCUUCAGUUCUGGAAGUGGGGCGCUGUCCUCGCCAGGCCGUCAGGGCAGAGACUGGACAGGGCCGUGGAACUGGCCAUCUCCUGGUGGCUGAGCCACAGUUGUCUGCUCACUGGCAGCAUUUCUUUGCCCUAAGAGCUAGAGUCAUGACAGCCGCGUGUCACUGGCCCCAUGAUAGCCACCAGACACCCCCCACCCCAACACACUCUAGGACAGUUCCCUGCUCAAUGGCCCCUGGGACCUCCCAGCCCUGCCAGCCCGCAGGGGUGGGUCCUCCAUUCUGUGCUUCCAAGUUGGUGCCACCUGGAACCAAUGGGUCGCUCAGAGGUGUUGCUUCUGUGGCCCCCAACACGCCGCUCACUCCUCAGAGGGGAGACACCCAAAAGGGACAUAGGCGCAGCCAUAGCCACCCUCAGUCCCCAUGGGCUUAUGGGGUAUGAGAAUUGAACUAUUGUCUUGCCUUUUUUAAGUGACAUGUUUUUAUUUUUCGUAAUUGAGCAUUGUUUGCAUUUUUAUUAGUUACAGUGCUAUUAAAGAACUUAUGUUGCUUUUUAUUACUCUAUCAGGUACUUAUGUUUAAUGGCACAUUUUUUAAAUGCUGAAUAUAUGAAACCUUUUUGUUUUUCUUUAAAAAAUGUAAUCAUUGGAACCUCUCGUGUUUUGAUUAUUAGCAGUUAAAUUUUAUAUACAUAAAGCUUAAUUUUCUUUAUCUCCUUUUUUUAUACAUGUCCCUGUGUUCAUGCAUUCCUCUCAGAUCAGUUUGGAAAUUUGAGUUAAAUUAUAUGUGUACAUUACAUAUGAGAGUACAGAUUAGAGAAAGAAAAUCAUUAUGACUUUGCCUUACCUUGCGUGUAUGCCAAGGGGUCAUAUAACACUUGAAACAUUUAAUUACAUGGAUUCUUCCAAAGAUGACCUCCUGCUAAUGUUCACCGGUAACUGCAAUCUGGUAAGAAAAACUGUCACUUUGGGAUGAAUGGGACUAACAAUAAACCAAGACCUCCUGUGAUUUGUCUGCCCUGCAUAUAACAGUUGAAUCUUCUCAUCGUUCCUUCAGGGGUUUGAUUGUUCACCAUUAACAAGGAUGAGAUGACAAACAAUUACAAAAUUCUGUGACAGUUCUCAUGUCUCCUAAUGACAACCAGCCAGAGUUGACCCAGAUUUAUUCUUUUUAUUUCUAUUUUAUUGUUUCUUUAAGAAGCGGCCCCCGGGGGUCAUCACAGAACAAGAGCGGAUGGAGGGCUUACUCCCCCGCUGGGAGUGGCUGUCCUGUGGAGCCCAGCACGCGGCCGCGCCACCCCGCUCCCCAGCAGACGUGCCCCGACUGGGACCCUGUGUCCAGAGCGAGGCCGUGGGGCGGGAGAAGCGGCAGGAGGAACUGAGGGCCACAACUGGCGAGCAAGGCUUCCUUCUCUCAGGCCAAAACCGCUUCCUCAGUGUUCUUUCAAAAGCUCUCCUUUUAUAGUGUUAAAAAACACAAAGUUCCCAUAAACAGGCUUGAGACCACUUUGACGUAAAAGUUGUCAUCAUAAUUUUUCUCACAAUGGCACAAUUCCUUUGAUUUAUGGAAUACUCCGACUUGCCAUUUAUAUCGCUUUUUUCUCAUUCAUCAUGAUGCUGUAACUCAUAUUGAUUUAAGAACUGA